AUGGAGGAUCAACCUGUCGGACGCUAUGGAACUAUUCACUACAUGUCCAACUCAGGCUCUGAAGUGCCGCUCGCUUCAUACCCUAUUGACGAACCGGUCAUCAACAUUGGCCGUAGCGACCAAGACACAUGUCAUAUCCGCCUCUUCGACACAUGGUGUAGCGAUCUGCACUGUAAAAUUGUAUUUGAAGACGGAAAGGCAUUUCUCAUUAUUCUAGGCCAGAACGGUGUCAUCGUCGACGGCUCCAACUUUAUACCAGACGAGCACUCGGGGCAACCAACGACUGUACCCCUAACCAACGGCUCCGAAUGGCUCAUCUACAAACGUCGCUUCAUAUUCCAAUAUCCACCCAAAGAAAAACGAGCCGCAUACGCCGCACAACUCGCAACUCCCGCACCUUCCUCCAAGCGGCGCAAGUCGCUGCGCAUGUCCAUGGUAAACUCUGCCCAACUAUGGACACCAAGUGCUGCACCAGUCGAUCUAGCAGAUAGUCUCCGCGCUCUAAAAAACCCCAUGGUGUUAUUCCCCGAAGAAGGUGGCAAGGAGGUGCGGAUCGUCGAAGGCGAGACGUUAAACUUUGUCAGUAACGAGCAAGAAGUGGUCGUGUUGGAGAGUGUGGAUGCGCCUGUGGCAGAGAAAAAGGAGCUAAAUCCUGCUUCUACUGGGAGCGGUAGCGAAUCAAAGACGCCUGGGAAAAGGCGGCAGUCAAAUUUGCAUCGUCAGGUGCUCCUGAUGAACUCGCGCAAGAAAGUGGAUCCUGGGGACGAAGAGAGCGAAGAGCGAGAGGUGGAGGCGUCCAUUUUCCCAGAUGAGGAAGAUUCGGACAAUGAGUUGGAGGAAGACGCCGAGUCAAAUCCAUUUAUCAGUCGCACAAAGGUUCGCAAAUCGAAAAGGGAGGAAGAAGAGGUUCCAGAUAAGCCACUGACAGCAAAGUCGUUUCGCGAAUCGCUCGGGGCUAUUGGCAGUGUUCUUCCAUUUGGACGGCCGAGCGGUGGUGUGGUACACUCUCCUAUGCCACAGGAGAAGGCUGCAGAGCCAAGUAAUCCGGAUCAGGUCCCGAGUGACCCGCAAACGCCCAACAGACCACAGAAUCUGGGUGCAUUCUUCACCCCUCAAGUUCAGCGGGGAGAAAGACUACAAGGACGACAAAGUGUCGGCGGAAGCACUAUCAAAUAUGCCAACAUCGACGAGGACUUGGAACGUGCGAGACAACGACUGGCGAAUAUGAGCUCUGUCUCUCGGCCAAAGAUGGUCACAAUUCCUUCCGACGAGCUACCAUCUGCCUCCAAAGCUCCUGCUCCUCGGUCCACCAAACGCCCUCGAAACUCCUUGGCAAACAUCCCCGAGCUCGACUCACCAUUGCCGCCUUAUAAGAGUGGCAUGGCGACCAUCCCCGAGCCUGCAUCAUCCCCCCUGAAGCAAGCAAAGGGUGACGGCGAUGACGACUCGGAAGACGACGACGCAGCGAUGCGACUGCAAAAGCUGUUGAGGACUGUAGAAAGGGUGAACCAUCGCGAGUCGAUUCGAGAAUCAAGGAAGAGUAUGGUCGGCGCACCAGAAUUUUACACCGACUUGACAGAGCCAGAGUCUCCAACCAGGGCAACGGCGCCAUCCCAAAAGAUGAUCCCAGCAGAUGCUCCAGAUGGACAAUCUCUUGAAGCUUCAGACGCCAUGGACAUCGAUGCUCCUGUAGUCAUUGCCUCGACAGACGCUGAGCAAGACGCGGUGACAGAGGAAACCAAACCAGCGAAGCGAGCUGGAGCCAAAAAACCAGCGGUGCCGAAAACUACAAAACGCAAAGCGCAAGAAGCGGCUGAUCAAGACAUGGAGGUUGACAAGACCGAAUCCCUCCGAUCAUCGGCUUCAUCACAGGUCGAGCCAACGCCGCCGAUUGAGAAUAAGAAGAAGUCUGGGCGUACCUUUAGUGGAGGACGAUCGAAGCAGACUGCGCGAAAGGCGCAUGAGCCCCCGGUCAAGGAGGAGCCUGAAUCCUCUGUGAUGGAUACAAGCUCCAUCGACAUGGAAUCCCAACCAGACUCGUCAACUAUUUCCCGUUCAACUCGUCGUACCCGGGGUGAAGGCACCAAUAUGACUACCAAAGGCGCUAAGUCCACCACAACACGUAGCACUAGGUCAAGGGGGACGGUAAAGGAGGAACCGGAGCAAGAGGCAGAGGCGUCGGUCUCGGAGGUCGACAAGUCCACAGCUUCACGCACCCGUAGUGGAAGAAGAGGCAAAGCUGCAAUUCCUUCGAGUGACUCUGUACGAGAUGAAGAGCCAGAAUCGUCAGUCGUAGAACCUGCCGAACCGAAGCAAGCAGCGAAGCGGACCACACGCGGCAAAGCGGCAGCAAAGACUACAGACAAUGAAGUACUUCAGGGUGAAGACGAAGAUAGUACGAGUGCCAUUCCGAAACGAUCUACUACAAGAAAAACGACGAAAGUAAAAGCGACAUCGACUCCGGCUCCUGAUGAGGAUGUGGUGAUGGAAGACUCAGAGCCUAGUGCGAAAAAGACCAGUCGGAGUAUUAGACGCGUCAAAGAGGAGCCACAAGAGGUAGGAACCGUCGCAGAAGAGACAAAACCGAAGCGCAGUACACGAACAAAGCGAUAG